CCACGGUAAAGGAGACUAGAGCGACGACGACGACGACGACGACGACGACUGAACGGGGGACCAAGCUGGACGACGGAAUCGAGCUGAGGAGCAUGGACGAGGCAGCCACGACGGGUGGCGCGGGGGCCAGGGUGGCAGAUGACGGGGGCGUGCCAUCGCGGGGACGGCCACGCGUGCGAGGCGAGACGAGGGACAGAUCGACGUCGACGGCCACGGCCACGGCCACGGCGACUCCGAGAACGAAUGAAAGCUUUUUCACAGGCGUGCUCCUGCUUCUCCUCGUCGUCUUUCUCUGGACCGGCUCCAACUUUCUCACCCAGUUCCAGCUGACAAAGGGCUACGACAAGCCGUUUGCCGUCACCUACCUCAACACCUCGUCCUUCGCCCUCUACCUCGUUCCUUUUGCUUGCCUCGUUUCUCGCCGCAAAUCGGCGGCAGGAGGAGGACAGGCGAGACAUCUGGAUGAGGCGUCGUUCCUGGACAAGUUGGGAUUCAGGGUACCACAAGGCAGUCUAUGGAGAAAAGAGAACUCGCGCGGUGGCUACGCUGCCCUCUCGUGUUCCUCGGUCGAGUCGCUUGAGGGCAGCGGUGCCGACGAGGCGGCUGCCGAGGCGCGAGAGCAGCCACUCUUGCACAAGCAACGACGGCGCUUGGCCCACCCGGCUUCGUCGGCGUCCCUCAGCAGCGUGCGGCCCUCGUCCAUUGACGGCAGGCGGCCCCAGUCGACGAUUGCCGUUACCGCCGCGAUGGAGCAAGAGGCUGAGCUGGCUCCGCUCGACCUCCACGAAACCCUUGUCCUUGCCGCUCAGUUCACAAUCGUCUGGUUCUUGGCCAACCUGACGCUCAACGUCGCCUUGGAAGAGACGAGCGUGGCGAGCGCAACGACGCUUAGCAGCACCAGUGGUUUCUUCACGCUGGCUAUUGGCUCCCUUGUCGGCGUCGAGAGCUUCUCGGUGCCCAAGUUGGGCUCGGUCCUGAUGAGCUUCCUCGGCGUCUUUCUCGUCGCCCAGGCCGACGCCAAGGCCCCAAUUCAAGGCCCCUCGAACCCGACGCUGGGUGACGUUCUGGCGCUUGCCUCUGCCUUUUUCUAUGCGCUCUACGUCUCACUGCUCAAGAAGCGCAUCGGCUCCGAAUCGCGUGUCUCGAUGCCCCUCUUCUUCGGCUUUGUCGGUCUCAUCAACAUCGUCUGCCUUUGGCCUGCGGGACUGCUCCUCCACAUGACCUCCCUCGAGCGCAUCGAGUUGCCGCAGGGUGCGCUCAUGUGGGCCGGCGUCGCGACGAACAUGGCCAUCACGUUUGUGAGCGACAUGGCCUACCUCGUCGCCAUGCUCAAGUCGUCGCCCCUCGUCGCCACCGUCGGCCUCAGCCUCACGAUUCCCCUCGCCCUCCUCAUUGACCUCGCACGUGGCAGCCAUUCGGGCGGCGUCCAGGCCGACAUUGGCAGCGUCCUCGUCCUGGCCAGCUUCGUCUGUAUUGGCCUGGCGGACCGGGCAGCCGCUCGGAUAGAAGCUGGUCCCACAGAGAGCAACGAGUGAUGAGGAUAUUAUUGCAAUUGUAGCA